UGUGACCCUUCUCAUACAAAAAAACAAGCCAGAUAAAGCUGCAGAGAUAAAGGAUAAAGAUAAAAGAGACCCCCCCUCUUUUAUCUCUCUCUCUCUCUCACUUGGUACUACUCCCAUCACAAUCUCUCUACUGUAUUUGUUCACUGAAAAAGCCCUCUCCCCUUUUCCCCUCCUUUGCCUUCUCCUUUGUUUUCCUUUCCUGGUCCUAAUUAAGACCCAGCAAACGGGGCCUUGCUUGUCCCCUUUGCUUGCCACACCCAGGGAAUUCCAGUGUACUUUGAGUAGUGGGCCUUCACCUUGUGGGCUUUAAUGCAAAAGUUCAAUAUAGGGGCUUCUUGUUGCUUGCAGCUAGCUGCUCUGUUCUUUGGGAGGGGUAGGUGAAGACCAUUAUAAGAAGUGGUAGAAGAACUCAACACAGUACCCUAGCUAGCUAGCCACAAUAGUACUAGAAGAGUUGUUAUUUGUUGGGUUAUAGAUCGACAGAAAAGAUCUUUCCACAACAAAGAGGAAAAAAAGAGGUCCCCCCUCUGCAUAUAAUUCCCAACUUGUUGGCUACAAAGAAUAAGAACAUCAUCAUCAUCAUCAUCAUCAUCAUCAUGGCUUCAUCCAACAGACACUGGCCUAGCUUGUUCAAAUCCAAGCCCUGCUCCACUCACCAAUGGCAGCAUGACAUCCUCUCUACUCAAAAACCAUCCUUCAACUCAGGGUUAGGGGAGGAGAGGAGUCCGGAGCCGAAGCCGAGAUGGAACCCGAAACCCGAACAGAUUUCCGGUAUCCUUCGAGUCGAUCUUCACUCCGGCAUGGAACCGCCGCGAGACGAGAUCCGAAAGAUUUCGGCUCGCUUCAAGAAAUACGGCCAGGUGGGCGACGCCAAUGUAUUCUACUGUUCCAGAACAGAAAAUCAAGAAGCAAGGCACAAGCAGCGCCACCUCCAGUCGUACGCCGGCCGACAUAACUCACGAGCUUCUCACGCCGCGCCGCCGCCUGCUGCAUGCUCCGACCUCAACUGCUCCUUUGAGUGUUGCUGCCACGUCGACAUCAUCUUCGUCACUGUCCGAAAGGUCGACGGGUGCACCACGCGGCGUGCGUCGCCUACUGCUUCGGUGAAUCAGAGUUACUUUCAGAGCGCUCCGACAACGGAAUUCUUGGCUGAGCCGACUGUUUACUUGCAGCAGCAGGGGUUUUCGCUGUCUACGUCGACGGGGGACCUGUCUGGGGUUUUGGCUGUGCCGGAACCGACGAUUGGGCUCGUGCCGGGGCUGUGGACUGAGCUGAUGAUGGGCCAAGAUGGGUUCAAGACAGGUGGAGUUGAGCCCAGCAAGACCGCCAAGAUUCAAAACCCUAACCCUAAUUUUAGUUACUCCGCUAAUUCUGCUGCUCCUGCUUCUACUUGUGUGACUACAGAAACUGUUGCUGGUCCUGUCAAUGAGAUCCAAGGGAUUGGAGGAGGAGUUGGUGGUGGAGCGAGAUUGACGGUGUUUAUCAAUGGGGUAGGGUUUGAGGCGGUGACUGGUAUUUUUAACGUCAGGGAAGUGUUUGGGGAGGAGGCGGUGCUCAUCCAUGCUUCGGGCAACCCGGUGCUCACUGAUGAGUGGGGACGCAUUCUCCAUCCUCUUCAACAUGGAGCUUCCUACUUCUUGGUCAACAUCUGAUCUCUUAAUUUGGUUUAAUUAAGAGAAUAUAUGGAGAAAGAGAAGUUGAAAAUGAAGAUGCUUUGUCCAUGCUUCUCCUUUUAGAAGGCCUAAUUAAGCAUUUACCUUUUUUAAUUAAAUAAUUAUAUAGUUUAUAACUAUAAUUUUCUAAUGCACUAUUUAGCCAGGUAGUGCCCUAUGGGGCUUGCUCCAUCAAGUUUAUACAUAUAUGAGGCUCUUCUUGCAAACUUAUACAUAUCUUGUAGCCCGGAGCUUUAUUAUGUAAUUGUUGGAUUUCAUGCCUAAUUUCAUGCUAAUACAUUGUCUCGUGCUUC